UCCUGCUCCUCCCUCCUCUCCCCUCUCCAGCUGUUUCUCAGGCUGAGUUCUGUCCCUGUCCCACACAGAACUCUGGACAGAGAAAGGCGCUUAGGAUGUGCCCGGGGUCUGUGCUCGGCGGGGCUCCGAGGAAAUCGUGCGUGAAUGGGAGAAACGCUUCCAAGCAAACAGUCCCGACCAGCACAGCCCAGUGAGCAGGAGGAGGGCUGAAGCCACGGGAGCCCGAGGGGAGACUGGGGAGAAGGCAUCUCCUCCAGCUGUGCAUAGUGACCAACUGGCUGGAGACUCGCACUGGAGUUCUGUUCUGCAACAGUGAACACUGAAGGUCUCCAAAGAGAUGGAGUACGAUGAUGCCGCCUACAACUAUUCCAGUUACAACGAUGAGUACCCUGACGACUUUGGCCCCAUCGUGGAUUUGGAGGAGGUGGAUCCGCUGGAGGCCAGGGUGACCCGUGUCUUCCUGGUGGUGAUCUACAGCGUGGUGUGCUUCCUCGGGAUCCUCGGCAAUGGCCUGGUGAUCGUCAUCGCCACGUUCAAGAUGAAGAAGACAGUAAACACCGUGUGGUUCGUCAACCUGGCAGUGGCUGACUUCCUGUUCAACAUCUUCCUGCCAAUCCACAUCGCCUACGCCGCUAUGGACUACCACUGGGUGUUUGGGAAGGCCAUGUGCAAGAUCAGCAGCUUUUUGCUCAGCCACAACAUGUACACCAGCGUCUUCCUGCUGACUGUCAUCAGCUUCGACCGCUGCAUCUCUGUGGUGCUCCCUGUCUGGUCCCAGAACCACCGCAGUGUCCGGCUGGCCUACACGACCUGCGUGGUCGUCUGGGUCCUGGCUUUCUUCUUGAGCUCCCCAUCCCUUGUCUUCCGGGACACGAACAACGUGAACGGGAGGAUAACCUGCUUCAACAACUUCAACCUGUCAGCCGCCGAGUCCCUCUCAUCCUCUCUUCACUCCAGAGGAAACCCUGUAGGGUUCAGUAGACACACGGCGGUCACCAUCACCCGCUUCCUUUGCGGGUUCCUGGCCCCUGUGGUCAUCAUCACUGCCUGUUACCUCACCAUCGCCUUCAAGCUGCAGCGCAACCGCCUGGCCAAGACCAAGAAGCCCUUCAAGAUCAUCAUCACCAUCAUCGUCACCUUCUUCCUGUGCUGGUGCCCUUACCACAUGCUCUACCUGCUGGAGCUCCACCACACGGCCAUGCCGGGCUCUGUGUUCAGCCUGGGGUUGCCCCUGGCCACUGCCAUUGCCAUCACCAAUAGCUGCAUGAAUCCCAUUUUAUAUGUGUUCAUGGGCCAUGACUUCAAGAAAUUCAAGGUGGCUCUUUUCUCCCGCUUGGCCAAUGCCCUGAGUGAGGACACUGGACCCUCUUCCUACCCCAGUCACAGGAGCUUCACUAAGAUGUCAUCAUUGAACGAGAAGCCUUCGGUGAACGAGAAGGAAACCAUCGCACUCUGAGCCUUACUUGGGAGUGCCCUCGCGGAUGCUGUAGCCCAGGGACACCCAGGGACACCCAGGGACUUGUCUCCUGGAGUGAGUAGUUUUGAGUGGGAUCCCAGUGUGUGGACACUUCCAGAAAAACGGAAGGCAGACCAGUCUGAGCCUCUGGAGUGGAGACAGUAGGGGACCAGCUUUGACGGAAUGAGACAGGAAAAAGGCAGGGUUCUCCGUACGGGCACAAGAUUUCCCUAUGUGUGAUGCACAGUCUCUGUUGUGGGUGAGGGAAUCAGAGCAAUCCCAUUGCAGACCUGGUACAGCCAUGUGGCAGUCAAGACAGCAAGCCCCGCCCCGCCCCCGCCCCGCCCAGGCCCCGCCCCGCCCCCGCCCCUGCCCCACCCCUGCCAGCAUUCUCCAAGAUCUUGACUUUAGAUUUCAGAUGAGCCGGGAAAACCAGGAACUGGGGGGGGGGGUGGUCGAUGGAACCCUGCAAGGGCGCGGUGGACUGUGGGUAAUAAUGGUGCUGGUAGAGAAACAGAGAUAUGGAAAGGCUGUCUCUGGGGGCUCAGCUGUGACGAUGGAUGAGUAGCUAAUCUGAGUCCUCCUUGAAUUACACUUCCCAGCUGAGGCAUUACAGUCCUGUGGGCAGCUGGUGGGCAGGCUCUCCUCCCCAGAUCAGACACUUUCUCCUGGCAAGGAAGCCGAGGGAAGGGGAACCGGCUCACCCAAACCAACGCCACACACUCCCGGUCCACGACAAAGACCUGAGCCUAGGCCUCUGCCUGGCUGACUUUGAUUUGAUAGCCUGCAUCAUUUAAGGUUUCCCACACAGGCCCAGCGUUUCACAUGCAUCUUCUCACUUAUUCUUUACAGAAACCCCGAGUUAGGUUCUUACACAUACGAGGAGUCAGAGGCUCAGAGAGGUUAAGUAACUGGCCCAAGGGGACCCAGUUAGACGCUGGCAGACUGGAUUUGAACCCAGUUUCCUUGGCUCAGGGGAGAUGUGGGGUUGGGGUUUUCGCCAUAAACGUGGGCUCUUCACUCCAUCCGCGU